UUUUCCUUUUUUCUUCUUUCACACUCUUUUUGUAAAGUGCUUUUUAAGAGAAACAACCAAAAACGUACGUAAAUCUUAACUACUAUUGUAACAGACGGAGUGUUUUGUUGUUUUUUGGAAUUUGUUCAACAUUUACCCAAAAAAAAAAAAAAAAGAACAUUUUUUUUCUCACAUAUAAAAAAAAAAUGGCUUUCCCUAUUAAAUUCAUGUCGCUUCAAAAAACUGAACUAGAGUACGAAGUAGCAAUUCGGGGUGAGACCCCCGGAGACACGGUACAGGAAUUGCGUAAACAAAUUGCGAAGUGUGGACCUCUUUUUCCUUCCGAGGACAUUCUUGUCAGUCCUUUUGAUGUUCAGGACGACUUAGAUGGCAUUACAGAGGUGGUGGAAAAAGUAAAUUCUCUCUUGGAUUCCAAACCAUUAAUCAAAAGUACUUUGCUUCGCGCUCACAAUUUGGUGCACCAUUUGUACCACCGGUUAAACCGCAUUGCGUGCGAGGAUAAGGAACAAAAGGAGGCUUAUGACCGAUGCGUGGCUUUAUUCAGGGUUUGCACAGACCGGGUUAACUCUCUUAACGUUGUCACCGUUACGGAUCCGUUAUUUUCUAAUAGCAGCAAUGUUCCUGUUGUUGCGGCUACUUCGUCAACGCCGGUUAACGUCACGGUCACGUGCGAAGCCAACGAAGCGAACAAGCUAUCCAAACUUAAAUACGACGGCUCGUCUUGUGUACGGGCGUUCAUCGAACGCGUGUCAGAAUUUUGUCUCGCUAAGAAUAUCUCGAGUAGUAAAGUUCUCCAUAACGGUACUGAAAUAUUUACGGGCGGUGCGCUUCAUUGGUUCCGCAGCGUCAAGGAGCAGGUCACAAGUUGGGACGACCUUGUAGUGCUUUUGAAGCAGGAUUUCGGCCAGGCCGACUAUGACUACAGAUUAGUUAAUGAAAUCAAGUCCCGUACGCAAGGAGAAACCGAGAAUAUUAUAAUUUACUUGUCGGUUAUGUCCGGUCUCUUUUCUCGCCUAACAAGACCCUUGCCAGAAGAGGAGAAACUUGAGAUUUUACUCCAUAACAUCCGGCCAUGUUAUACAAGUACCUUAUCUUCAGUGUCGGAAAUUAAAUCUAUCGAGCAACUAAAAAUGUUAUGCCGUAACUACGAGAGUAUACAGUCGCGUCUUUCUCACUUUAAAGAACCUCCAAGGGCGACUGCAGAUACAUUAGCGCCUGAGUUUGCGUAUUCGGGUAGUUCGUCGAAACCGAAACCUAAUUUCGGCAAUAAUACAAAUUUUAACAACAAUAAACCUAAUUAUAACAGGUUCUCACAAAAUCAGCAAUACAAUAGGUCAUUUACACAACAUAAUAAUAUAAAUAACAAUAAUAGUAAAACUAAACCUAACUAUGUAGAUGCCAUUACUCCCUCGACAUCAAAGACACGUUAUUGUCCUAGAUGUCGCGUGGAUACUCACAAUCUGCGACAGUGCACGGCAAGCAAAGAUAUUUUGGUGUGUUUCGGUUGUGGCCGUAAGAAUGUCAAGGCACCUGACUGUCCAGAUUGCAACAAAAAUAAUAAGCCGUCUCAAAAAAACUAGUCGCUCAGAAUUGUGUCAAUAAUACUGA